AUGAAUAAAAUAACCAAAAUACCCUUCAGACUUUUAUCGUCUAAAGCUGAAAGGUUUGUUCCCAAAAGUGGUGUUUACCCGAAAGGUUAUAUCGUCGGUGGAAUCCAUUGUGGUGUAAAAAAGGAUGGAAAUUCAUUAGACUUGGCCAUAGUUCACAACACUCAUGGCAAGAAUGCAUCUGCAGCAGCGGUUUUUACCAAAAACAAGUUUAAAGCAGCACCUGUUAAAGUCUCACAACAAAUCAUAAAAGAAAGUAAAGGAGCCGGUAUUAAUUCAAUUGUAGUAAACAGUGGUAAUGCUAAUGCUGUCACUGGAUCUCAAGGAAUGAGAGACGCAGAAGACAUGACAUUGGUGACAGAUUCAGUGCUUGGCAAUAAACCAAGCUCCACAUUGGUAAUGUCAACUGGUGUUAUAGGAAACAACUUGCCAAUUGAUAAAAUUUUAUCAGGAAUACCGAAAUUAGCAUUGAGCCAUUUGGGUAGUACUCAUCAGGACUGGAUUAAUUGCGCUAAUGCUAUAUGUACAACUGACACUUUUCCCAAACUUGUCAGCAAGCAAUUCACAAUUGGUAACGACACCUACACAUUGGCUGGGUUAUGUAAGGGGGCUGGCAUGAUCUGCCCGAAUAUGGCAACAUUGCUAGGCUUUUUUGUCACGGAUGCACCAGUUUCACCUUCCGCACUACAGCUGAUUCUUAAAUACUCCGUUGACAGAUCAUUCAACAGUAUUACAGUGGAUGGUGACAUGUCCACGAAUGACACAAUAGUAGCCAUCUCAAAUGGCGCUGCCGGUGGUGAUUUGAUUGAUCUUGAUGCCUCCUGCGGCGAAAGGUUUUCUGCUCUUCAAAAUGAAAUCACUGAAUUCGCUCAACAAUUGGCACAAUUGGUUGUCAGGGACGGAGAGGGCGCAACUAAGUUUAUAACAAUCAACGUUAAGGAUAGUUUGUCAUACGAUGAUGCAAAAUCAAUUGCAUCAAGCGUGGCAAACUCUUCUCUUUUCAAAACAGCAAUGUACGGAAAGGAUGCCAAUUGGGGCCGUAUACUAUGCGCAAUAGGAUAUGCACAAGUCUCUAGUGGUGACUCGGUUAUACCUUCUAAAACAAGUGUCAAGUUUGUUCCUGUAGAUGGCAGUGAGAGUUUGAACUUAUUAGUCAAUGGAGAACCAGAGAAAGUCGACGAAGAGAGAGCAUCAACAAUUUUAGAAAGUGAGGAUCUCGUAAUCGAAAUUGAUUUGGGAACCGGAGGUGGUCAAAGUGCUAAUUUCUGGACAUGUGAUUUGUCUCAUGAAUAUGUCACGAUAAACGGGGACUACAGAUCCUAG